GCCCACACGCUGCAAGACGUUCUUUGAGUUUCUGAGGAGCGUGCUUGGAGAAGACAACUUUUGGAUAAGCCAACGGGGCUUUCUUCCAACUUCGCCCCUCAAACCUAUUCGCUCUUCUCCUAAUAAUUUUGUUGUGAUCAAGGCAAUUGCUUGGCAUGGCACAGCGGGCAAAGACCCUGACACAGAACAAUUAGGCCACUUCAGCAGCCAAGUCGUUUCCUGCGCCUGUAAUGCCCGACCGGUGGCGAUAGACAUGGCCGAAAUGUACAAUGGAGACCAUCAGGAGGAGGCUCGCGUGCUGGGCGUCUCUUGCGGGUCCUCCCAUUCAAUAGCGCUGCUCGACUGCGGUGUAGUUGCUUCAUGGGGUCGAGGUGAAGAUGGCCAGCUUGGGCAUGGCCAGGCAGACCAGUGCACUUCCCCAACAUGCAUCGCCGCAUUAACCGAUGCGGGCGUUGACGCUGUGGUGUGCGGAGCGGAGUAUACGGUGGCGGUCGCGUCGUCACGAGGACAGAUCUACAGCUGGGGCUGGGGCGACUUCGGCCGCCUGGGCCACGGCGAGUGCGGCGACGUGUUCGUGCCGCGUCCCAUUGCGUUCUUCUCCGGGCGGCCCGUUGCGCGCGUGGCGUGCGGUGACACGCACACGCUGGUGGUUACCCAGGGCGACGGGGCGCUGUACACGUUCGGGCGGAACCAGAACGGGCAGCUGGGCUUGGGUCACACCAAUGACUGCCUCUCGCCGCAGCUGGUCACGGCGCUGCAGGGUGAGCGGGUGUCGAGUGUGGCGUGCGGCUCGGAGCACUCGCUGGCGGCCACGGAGGCGGGCACGGUGUUCUCUUGGGGAUGGGGCCGGUACGGCAACCUCGGGGACGGCGACUCGCAGGACAGGUACACCCCCACCCGAGUGGUGGGCCUGGACGGCGUCACAGUGACGAGUGUGGUAUGCGGCUGGCGGCACAGUGCCGUGGUCACGGACGAGGGCCGCGUGUUCACCUUCGGCUGGAGCAAGUACGGACAGCUGGGGCACGGCGACCAUGUCGACCACACGCGGCCGUGCCUGGUGGCUGGGCUGCAGCACUGCCGCGUCAGCACGGUGGCUGGCGGCUGGCGGCACACCAUGGCCGCGGACUCGGAGGGCAACCUGUACGCGUGGGGCUGGAACAAGUUUGGGCAGCUGGGUCUGGGCGACUCAGAGGACCGCGCCGCGCCCACGCCCGUCGCCGGCUUCGGGCUGGCUGGCGGCGGCGUGGAAGCGGGCGCGGCGACGCCGCGGCGUGUGGCGCUGCUGGCGUGCGGGUGGCGUCACACGGUGGCGGUGACGGAGGCGGGCGAGGUGUACAGCUGGGGGCGCGGCGUCAACGGACAGCUGGGGCACGGCGCGGAGCAGGACCUCUACGUGCCCACGCUGCUGCUGAGCCUGAGCCGCGGCCAGCUGCGGCGCGACGCCAUCCUGGCCACUGCCAUGGCGCACGACGGCGGCGAGGGCGGGCUGUACGUGGCGCCAGCAGACAGGUACGCGGUGGUGCCUGGCGCGGAUGAGCCGUACGGCAACGGCGCUGGCGGCUCCUCCGUGGCAGCCGUGCCCAGCAUGGGGCCAGACGACAUGGGGACGGCGGGCGACUCGCGGGACCACAAGAAGGCCCGCACCGGCGGUGACAUGUAAGCGGGCGCGCCAUUUAGCGAGGGGGCGCCCGGUGGGCUUGUCGAGGUGCAAGGACGGGAGCGGGGUAGGGCAGGCAGGAAAGGGAGCGGCCGCAGCGGGUAGGAGGUGCUGCAGGCGCGGGGGCAGAACUGGGGAGGGAAGGCGAGGGAGCUGCUUGGGCCAGCUACGUGCGGGACAUGGCUCAAAUCACCGUCGAGCCUUCCCAGCCUCACAUUUAAAGGCCGCCGACCUCCACGGAGGCAUGCUCUUGACCGAGGCCGGGGUAAAGCGUAGUUUCUUGUGACCCCUUGUCAAGGAAAUGGAGUAAGGGACUUCAGUGUUGCGGAGCGAUGCUUAUGUUUGAAACAGUGCACGGUUGAAACUAAUUAUGAUUGGAGCUCAAGAGGUUGUAGCGGCCAUGUUGCUCCAUGUUGAGUUUGGUAGCAAGUGCUGGCUGCCGAGGCUGAGGCUGAAUCCGGCAAUGCGCUGGAUACCUCGACAGGGCAGCACUAAACUUGUCAGGUGGAAUCUGGUUGUCUGGGACCAACGAUGCUGUCGUUGCAGGUCCCGAAUACUGCCAGGUGUGAAUUUGCACAGCGGCUUCAACCAAGAGCUACGAAAAGGACAGAAAUUAGGAUCGGGCACAGACAGGUGCCACAGUCUGCUGGUUGUCUGGCUGAUGAUGGGUGAUUGCGUUUCUAGAUAAGUGCUAGCACAGCUCAAAUGUAUGAAAGUUUGAUCAAGCCAACACGGGGGCAGAUCAGGGGAACCUGCGGGGAUGGGGGUUGAUUGGGCAGCAUUCGAGUUGCAAUUUUGAAGGCUCACAAAUGUUGCGAAGGCACGCAAAUAUGGGCUGAAAGUGAAGGAGUUUGGUUGGGAUCUGCAGCAGGUAUGCGUGACAGCUCUGAACGUGCUUCUCGAUUUAUCCGCCGAGAGCCCGUGGUGCUGGGCUGGGGGGGGCUUGUAUACAAUCAUUGACUUACUCAUAUACAAGUGACGGCUGCAUUGUCAGGAUAGCAGGCUUUCACAAGAGACCAGCAGGUACUCGAGCCAGCAUCAGCCACUCGGCAGCUGGUGGACGCUGGUGAGUAGGCCAGUGCUGGGGGAGUGCGUGCGCAUGCAUUCCAGCGCCAUCGGCUGAACGGACCAGACCAGCCACCAGCCCAGCUGGGGACAUGGCCAGCAAUGGUCUUGCCGACUGGCGUC